CUCAAAAACUUCGUAAAAUUUUCUCGGCGUUUUUCCUAUUGUAGUUUUGUAGGAGAAGAUAAAUUAUUAUAGAAAUAAUGAAUUUAGUGACAGUAAUACACGUUCCCCUUAGUUACGAUAAGCUGUGUUUGUUUGUAGUGAAAUAAAAUGUAAAUCACUAUGAGUUCUCCGUCGGCCGUGGUUUGUCGCGAGAUUUUUGAUGAAAACAGCCAGCCCUCGGCUGAAGAAAUCUCAGAAUAUGCCCAACAGCUGGGCAUUGACCCUGAAAGCGAGAGCCACCUACUACCCUUGGCCAAAGAUGGCCUUAUGCAAGCCUUGCCUGCACCUUGGAAGGCUUACUUCGACGAGAAACUCCAAACACACUACUACUACAAUGAAGACACUAAGAGAACGCAGUGGGAUCACCCUCUAGACAAUGUUUACCGGGAGCUGGUUAAGAAGGCGCGCGACGCGUCCAUACACGACGACACUUGCGCUUCUGUGCAGGAACUCCUCACAUCGGAAGAGAACACGAAACAGCUCGAACGCGUCGAGACCAAAGUGGAAAGCGAUGAUGACGACCUCACAACAGACAGUGAGAACCAAGGGUCAGACGUUAAGGAGAACCCUACACUAGUACCGAAGCGCCUAGCUCCCUUAGGACGACCCCCACUAGCUCCAUCACUAAAUAGACUAGAGAGAAGAUUCGCAGAGCUAAAAAUAAAUUCUCUAAAACGAGGCGGUGAUGGAGAUGGUAUAUAUAAACCGCUAGUUAGAAAUACAUCAGAUCGAGAUAUUCUAAGCAGACCAUUGGAAAGACCAAAAAUGCUAUUCAAGCAGCAAUCAGAGAUAAUAGACUUGAAGAUGCAUGUGUUGACUAGUCCUGAAGAGGAGAAUUUUAGUCCUUUACUGAGUAGUGCCAAAAUUGAAAGGGGGUUGUCGUUGCAAGGUAAAGGCAACCAAUUCUUCCGUAUAUCCAAAUCAGACCUUCCGAGUCCUGAUACGGAAAAGUCUUUGCCUCUAGACUCUGCCACCAAGAGCGACCCACCCAAAGGGAUCCUUCGGGAGAAAUUUACAGACAGCUUUCAUAGAAAAGCUGACAGCUUUCUUCUUGGAAGGCCGAAGCAGAGUGCUAGUCUUGAUGAGGACAGGAAGAGUGUCAGAUUCAAGCUAGAAAAUCUACCAGAGCCGACAAUAAGUCCAGGCUCAAACAGCUCGUCGGAGCAAAAUGAGCAGAACUCCAUAGCAUCAGCGCCCUCUAUGCCUGCCCCCAUCCCCUCUUUACCAUCCCCGCUCAUCCCCUCCUCCCCGCUUGUCCCCUCAUCCCCCGUGUCAUCCCCGCCCGCCAUCAACCCUCAUACGAUAAUCUUGUCCCCGCUUGCUAGUCGACCACCACUACCUCCAAGGCCUGUUGAUAGUCCCAGAGAGGCGAAGAGUAUUUCGGGGUCUGAUAGAGAAUCUUUAGAAAGUGACCGCGGCACCUCCCCCAGGCGGCGCGUGGUUCGCCCCCCAGCAGCAGACUACAUCAAACCGGACCUCUUCCAGAAGAAUUUCCAGAAGAUAUCCGACUUAGUCCGCCCUGGAGACAUCGAGCCGGUUGACAGGGUCCAUCUUGAGGAACCCGUCGAUAAGGAGGUUAGGCCUAGAUCACCGAUGAUACCUCAACAGAAAAACAAAAUUUCUAUCAACCUGAUGGAAAGCAUAGAGUCUGAAACCUCCAUAGAUUCGCCUGAUAAGGAAUUUGUUAAUUUAGACCUGAACGAUCUUGACGAGUCUAACGAUACUAAUGAUCAGAAGAAAGAAGAAGACAAAGAGGAGAAUAAAGACAGUUCUAGACUGGAGGAUAAUUCUGACAAAACUAGCAAUUCUAAGACAUCGAUGUCUACACAGAAUAAGUCGCCGUUAGCAGAUAAUAUUUCAAUACCGCAAAUCAAAGUUCCUAAACUUGAUCUAGCUCAAAAACUGAAAUUACACUCGGAUUCCGACGACUCCAAGAAAGUUGAAGAGCCUAAAAUCUCCAAGUCAGAAAGCAUUGAAGCCAAACCGCCACAACUCAAAGUUUCUCCUACGCCCAGCUUAGGGUCAGAACUUAGGUCUCCCAGAUACGACUUCAAUAAACCUUGGUGCAGUCCUCUAUCCACAUUCAAGCCUUUAAACAAAGCUGUUAUUGCUCCUUUGAAAUCGUCAGAUUCGGCUUCAAGUCUCGGUAAAGGACUGACUAGUCCUAGAUUAGACGGAGUUAUACUAUCUCAAGGAAAGUCCAGUUCUGACAAUGUAGUUGUUGUGUAUCAAUUUGAAAAUGUAAAUCAAGAAGAAUCAUUUACAAAGCCUAUCAAAUCUCCAUUGAUCCCUGAUACUGCAGCUAGAGAUAUGAUAGAAAGGAAUAAAGUAGAUGAAAGAAGAAGAUUAGAGUUGUCUUUACAGAAAGAGUUAGAGACUAUAAGAGUAGAGUGGUGUGCCAAAGAAAGAAGAAUGAGAGCGGAGUUACAAGAAGAGUUGAGAGAGGCGGAAGAGAAGUUUUUGGCGGAGAAAAAGAUUAGGUUAUCGGAUCAAGCAGAACGGCACAAAAGAGAAAUGGAAGAGGCAUUAGAACUAGCAGAACGCAAUCACCAGGAUGCGAUACAAAGCUUUAAUAAGGAGAUGGAAGAGCGACGAAGGCGAGAUAUCGACACGGCGGAGCGGCGACACGCAGAAGACAUGAGGAAGCUUCAAGACCAGUUUCAAACUAGACUCGCUGACAAACGAAAAGAAUUUGAAAUAGAAAACGAGCGGGCGCUAUCUGAACUGACGGUACAAAUGCAAGCUAGUUUUCAUCGCGAGCGCACCCGCCUAGCCGAAGAGAACAGAGUGACCGUACAAGCGCUGCGAGAAGAACAUGCCGCUAGAAUUGCUGACCUUAGAACUGAUUACAGAGCUGAGGUGGAUCGGCUGCGCACACAGCACGCGUGCCACCUGGAGGAGCUGCGAGCGCGCCUGGCCAGCGAGCGAGCCGCGCCGCGACACGAGGAACGCGCGCUCGCUGACAAGUAUAAGUGCUUGAAGGAGAAGUACGCCCGGCUCAAACAUGAUGUUAAGAUGUCGAUAGAACGCCGGAAUAAACGGCGAGAAAUGAGCAUGACCACUGGAUCGGAGACUGAAAAAUCUAACUCACAUAAGGCUACACAGUCGCUUGAAAGAUGCAAAGAAUUGAAUGAGACAUCAGUAAGUGCGGUCAUAGAGCCAGAGCCAAGAGUUCGUGUGAACAACAACACGAACAAAUAUAACGACAACGAGACAUCACACUCUGAGAGCAAUGCACAGAAAUCUUAUGAUAACAACAACGACGACUGGCGACUGAGGAGAGAGAACACGGUUCCACCAGCGGCCGCAAGUCAGCCGCAAUCAAAGCGGCCUCAUCGCCGCGCGGCCGUGGCUUUCCGCGAGCCUCUAUCGCGGUCCCGCGAGCGCGACAGAGACGGAGCCAUAACGACCGACUAUCAAGAUUCUUCUGACGCGACCACAGCAGAUGAGAAGCCCAAAGAACCUAUUAACGGACACGGACGACGCAGAUGUUUUACAAGAUUAAAAUCGGCUUCAACGUCAAGACUUAAUUAUUCUCCCAAACGCGGCGAAGGUUGGUCGAGUCCUUUAGAGUCACUACGUCAACAGCUGCGUAAGUUAGAUGACCUGGAAGAUCAGUUCCCGGACCUGGCCUGCCAACCUUCGUACAGCCUCAGAUACCCUUUUGCUGAAUUAGGGCCAGUGACCCGUGCAGACACUCCAGAACUAGAGUUCGUGCGUCAUCGUGCGCUAGUCGAGAGGGAGGGCAUGCGGCGAGCGCGGGCCGUGUUGAAGAGACGUCGCGCCGCGCUGAGAGAGAGCCGCAAUGAACUAUCCCCACACCGCGCGCCCAGCGAAGCAACAACAAGCGAAGCAUCAUCUGGGAGCGAAGCAGCAGUGGAGGCUGAAGCAACGGGCGCAGUGCUUCGCUCACUUCGGGCGCUGCAUGCUGACGUGAGGGAUAUAUGGCGCGCUUUGGAAGUACGACCGCGAACUGUGUCACCUGAAACGAGCUCGGCCAACGCACCGACGACGUCGCAGACUCGAAUGACAUUAUCAGCUCCCGAACCAGCAAUGCAAGACCACUCAGACGGAAGUGUGACAGAAAGGGCAAGGGGACUACGUGCGUGGCUGCAAACUACACCUUAACUUGAAGCAAUAACUACUAUUUUCACUUUGAAAUAUAAUAAGUAUUUAAAAAAAGAAUACAUUCAGCUUCAUCAUUACAUGCGUAAGUCGCAAAACCUGAAAAAAAAAGUUUUUUACUUUUUAUUCUUCAGCGCUCUUUUGUUUUUGUUUAUAUUAAAAAAUCGUAUGGUAACCAGUGAUACGAUGAUAUGUAAUACUUAAUAUAUUUCAAAUACACUUCAGCCGAAAACUUUAAUAGGUAAGUGUAGCUUCUUUACGAAGUUUUUGACUUAAUUAACAAGUGUGCUAUACUUUCGCACAAAUUUACCAUACAACCCGUGUUAUUCGAAGCAAAAUUUGUAUUGUAUUGUAGUUUAUCAUCGUUGUUAGAAGAUGCAUGAAAUAUUAAUUCUGUAAGAAACUACCCGCGUACCUGCGACUUCGUCAAGAACUCACGUCAAAAGGGACUUUUUAAUUUUAGAUUUGCGUCGUUACGGGCACUUUGGCACCAUGGCUCUUUAACUUUUUUUACAAAUUGAGCUGUAAGUCUCACUAAAUGUUAAAUAUGUAAGUGCGACAGGGUUUUAUAGUGGGUACGUGACUAUACGUGUGACUGUGAUUCUUGUGAUUCGGGGGACACUUCCAUUAUAAAAGUCAGCUUUAUGCGUAUAGCCUCACGAUUGCAAUUUCCUAUCGUGCGAAUCUGGUACCGAGUAAGAAAUGUUUACUUCUGGAAUAGGAGGUGUAAGUUAUUACAUUAUUAAUAUUUCAUGUGUUACGGACUAACAGACAUUAAGAACUAUGUAACUGAACAUUCCGAAAUUUGACUCACAUUAUACGUAUAAUAAAUGUUUUUAAAUUUUGUAUAGUUAGAAAAAAAAAUGUUUAUAAAAUACAGUGGAUCUCAAACUGCUCUCUACGUUAUUAAGAAUAGUUGAAUUUUGUAUUCAAGUUUGACACUUUUUGUAUGUUACGAACUUUUUUAGAAUUACUGUUACUACUUUAUUUGCUCACCAGAUGGCGAUAUCGUACAUAGACAUACUUUGAGAUAUGCUGGAGUGUGAGCGAGAUAGAGCAUGAUAUUAUUUCUUACUCUGUCUCUCGCGCGUAACCUAUUGUCUCUAGCGUUCGUAACGUUAUUAUGACGUGCCUCUGGCUAUAAGGUUAGAAUGACAAUAGGGUAGUUGAAUAUUUUUUUUCCUUUUCGUCCAUCUACUCGUGUGAAAAUCCUGAAGAUUAGGCUGAAAUCUAUUUUCAUUAACUUGUCUAACACCGUUGAUAUUAAAAGUUAAAUUCUGUUGGGGAAUGCUCAACAGUAAAAUAGUAUUUGUGUGGUAGCUGAUUGCAGCUUUUAUUGCAUUCGGAACGGAUGAUGUCACGCGUUCCUAUUGCCAUUUGUAACAAUUUUAUUUUCCAACGUAUUUCAAUUCUGUUUUCACAUUUGGCUAUCUAUUUAUAUCUAUACGUGUAAGUUUUGGUACUUAGGGGCCGUCCAUUAAUCA